CAAGGGAUGAAGUCUGUGUGCGGCAACUAGCGAACGGUCGGAGUGUUCUCCUGAUAUCUGAACUACCCGGUGCAAUGUCGUAAACAGUGAAGCACUGCAGCGGGAACCCAAGAUCUCUUCUGUGUCGGAUGGGAGGUGUGACGCGGAGCUGGCGGUGGCUGGUUGCCCGGGUGAUGCGUGUGCUGCUGCGCUGGACUCGGCUCUGCUGCGGAGUGAGGGGGCGUGGCCAUGUAGCUCACAGGCUCCGCCUGCUGUGGCGUUAUUGGUGGCUGCUGCUGAAGUCGCUCUACUACAACUCGCUCUGCAACUCGGACACGGUGCUGGACGCCGUCUUCGAGCCCAUCUACUGGCUGGUGGACAACCUCACCCGCUGGUUUGGAGUGGUGUUUGUGUGUCUGGUGGUGGCACUGACCAGUUCUGUGGUGCUGAUCGUGUACGCGUGUGUGCUGCCUCUGAUCCUGGAGACGUACGCUCCUCACUGGGUGCUCUGGCACCUCUGCUACGGACACUGGAACCUGCUGAUGGUCACCUUCCACUACUACAAGGCCACCAGCACCUCCCCUGGACAUCCCCCACAGGAGAGGAGAGAUGUACCAACUGUGACCAUGUGUAAGAAGUGCAUCAUCCCAAAGCCAGCACGCACUCACCACUGCAGUAUCUGCAACAGAUGCAUCCUGAAGAUGGACCACCACUGUCCGUGGCUGAAUAACUGUGUCGGACAUUUCAACCAUCGCCACUUCUUCUGCUUCUGUCUGUACAUGACCAUGGGGUGUGUGUACUGCAGCAUCAGCUCCCUGGACAUGUUUAUAGACGCAUACAAUGCUGUGGAGAGCUCCUACCAGACUCCUGCUCCUCCCUACACCUUCAGUGAGAGACUUCACCACAAGAGCAUCAUCUACCUCUGGGUCCUCACCAGCUCGGUGGCAUUGGCUCUGGGUGGGCUGACGCUGUGGCACUCUGUGAUGAUCCUGCGUGGAGAGACGAGUGUGGAGCGCCACAUCAACCGCAAGGAGGCCAAACGCCUCCAACAGCUGGGCAAGGUGUUCAGAAACCCAUACUACUUUGGACGAGUCAACAACUUCAAAAUCCUGUUUGGAGUGGAAAAGAGGAGCCACUGGGUCACCCGUGUCCUGUUGCCCUCCUCCCACCCCCCCCUCGGAGAUGGCCUCAUAUGGGAUGCCCCCCCCCAGAGGACUGACCCCAUGGCCAUCUGACCCCCCACCCCCCUCAUGGACACACACCAGCGUCGCCCCCUAGAGGAGCUCUGGAGCACUGCAGCAGGCUGACGCUGAGCACUGGACGCUGCUGGACGCUGAGCUCUCGGAUCCAAAAUGGAGCUCGCCGCAUUGCAGCAGGACUGGCGCACAAAACCCUCUUUGGGGACUGAUGGAUUUCUACUUUCUACUAACGAACAGCGUGUGAUUCAGUGUACGUGUUUUUCGUGUGUGUGUGUGUUGUAGAUGUGCCGAGUUGUGAGACAUUCUUGGUGCCAAAGACUGCUGCAUCUGGUCAGCACAGGGCCUCCAGUUUCUCUCAACUCCCACCUGCGGAGCUGCAUCUGGUCAGCACAGGGCCUCCAGUUUCUCUCAACUCCCACCUGCGGAGCUGCAUCUGGUCAGCACAGGGCCUCCAGUUUCUCUCAACUCCCACCUGCGGAGCUGCAUCUGGUCAGCACAGGGCCUCCAUCUCAGCUCAGUCUCCACUGCUCCAUAACAAAGCUACUGAUGGCAGGACGGACUGACCCAGGUUCUGCUCCAAGAUGGACGGGCCAUUUCAGCUUCUUCUCCAAGUCAUCAGUGAACAAACAGCGUCUUGUCCGGUCACCACAGAUCCAAUAUGGAGGGUCUGGAGAUAACGAACUAACUGGGUGUGUUGUUCUCAGCGUGUGUGUGUGCGAGCGAUCGAUCAGUGUGUGUCAGUUCUCAGCAGAUGUGUUUGUGUGAUAGCAAAAGCCACCAGCAUCAGUCAAGACUGCUCGCAGAAAACCUCUUAACGAACAUGUGACAUCAGUCUGAAGCUAACCAAUGGAAAGAUUGGUUCUCCUUGAGAGGCGGAGUCAUUGAGGAACAGGGUGGGUGUGGUCUUCUUGACUGACAUUCUUAAGAUGAGCGUACGGAGGGCCACACAGACGUCUCAUGAGUAAUAAUUUGACAUUAAUAAUCAUCACAGGCGAUCAUGACCUCCUUCUGACCCCUGUGUGUGUGUUGUUGAGUACAUUAUGUACGUGUAGCCCAGAUUGUAGUUCUCUCACAGUGUUACAUUUAAUUAAAUAUCAAUUAAUCAGAACCACUAAUUAGUCCAACUAACCUGCCAACGGAACCCGGCCCAGAUCCCAUAGCAACAGUUCAUGCGCAUGGGAACGUCGUCACGUUGUAGUUGGUUUGUAGUCCUUGUGGACUUUGAUAUUCAACCGUUUUAAUGUGAACUUGGGAAUGUGCCGUUUUUAUCACUUGAAAGCUGCAUAUCCUUCUCUCACAAACGUCUUACACCAUAUUUUAAUCAAAUACAGUUGUUUAUUUCAGAUUAGUGAAUAUGUUUUACCUUUGUUGUGGCAUCCGUGUUGGUUACGAUUGUGACGGCAAAGCACAUGCACACUCGCGUGGGGGAAAACCAGUGUGAUCACGGGGCGGUCCCUCAUACUCCCAAACGGAACCCGUGGGGAUGAUACUGGCACCGUGGACAGAGGUUGCCAUGACUACAAGACCGAUAGGAGCGAUGCUCCAUCCUGACUGUUUAAAACUAUUUGUAUAAAAUUAUUUUUUUUUUCUCCUUUAUUUUUAUGAAUAAUGUUUCUGAAAUACACAGUUUAACACAACAGAAAACACUCUGUUAAGAAAUCACACACCCGUGUUAAUCUUACAAAAUGUUUUAAUGACCGGUGAACUUACUUGACAUUUAAAUAUGGUCCGUUAUGUGGCUGUGCAUUACUGUGUGUGUUGUGAUGUUAUGAGUCUGGUUGCCAUGACGCUAAAUGAAUGUCCAAUACUGACGAUGCUCUUCCAGAACUCCCCUCUCUGUGGGUCAGUGGUCCACACACACACACACACACACACACCCCUAACCAAUCAGCACAGAGAGGAGCAUCCACCUCACAGGACUUCCUGUUGGUCAGUAGCAGUGCUGGACUCUUGUGCGUGUAUGGGACAGAAGCGACGGCACAGGCCGAGAUUACAUCGGGGGGGGGGGGGGGCGGGCGGAGUG